AUGUCUUCCUUGUUUGAGAGGGACACCAAGAGCUUGGUCAAAGUGCUGGGAAGAAAGGGGGAGCUGGUGCCUGUGGACAGCUUGACCAAUGCCCUCCUCCUACGUCCUUUCUGCCUGGUGAGGAAGAAGCGCAGACGCCACCCCUGGCCUUGGGACACCCCAAUCAUCCCCACAGAGUACUCGCUCCUGGACGUGCUAGAGCCCGGCACCCCAGAACCAGAAGUAAGCCAGAGUCAACCCUUUCAUAUCCAGGAGACAGGAGUAGGAACAGGUGCCCUGGAAGCAAGCUCUGGGCUGCAAAGACAGUUGACAACCAGCAACAAGGCAAGCCGCAACGCUAAGCUGGCUGUGCAGACCCUCAGCGUGUCCCCCAACACCUGGGAGGCCCUGGUGGAGAAUAGGAAAGUGAGGGUGCCACAGCCCUCGUUCCUGAAAAACUGGGAGGAGAGAGAGAACCUAUAUGUGGUAACAGAAGCUGUGGAAACCGUGCAGGACAAGACUGAGGGAACAGGACAGUCUGGCCACCCAAAGGUGCAGGGCCAGGUGCCAACAGAGAAAGUAUUGUCCAUCCCACAGGGCAGCAUUAUGGCCUACAGGGUCCUACGCCUGGUAAUCAAGGAGGAUCGCUGGGGCUCCAGCUCUGACAGGGCCCUGGACCAGCAGCUUGGCUUUGGGGGCCUGCAGAAGAAAUUGGGGGCCCAGCUACAGGACCUGGCGACACUGUCCCCCGAGCUGCGCCUCAAGCUGCUAGGCGCCCUCCAGGAGCUUCUUCGGACCCCCAAAGCCCUACAGGAGCUGGAGGACUCGCUGGAGAAGGCCUUGGACAAGGGGGUGGUGGAACAGCUUGGUGGCCCUGGGGGCCUCAUCUUGAGCAGCCUGCAAGAUCCCGCGGGCAGCCUGCCGCCCUCAAAAAACACAGCCAUCCUCUGCAUUCUUGGUGCACUCGUGGGUAAGGGGCACUUCGAGACCCAGCGCCUUCUUUCAGCCUUGCACCUUGCCCCCUCACCCCUGGUUCAGAGCAGCCGCCUGGCUUUGGUUCUAGGUUUCAUGCAGGGAUCUCUGGAUGACAGGAGGUGGUGGUAG